ACCGCGGGUAUUCUUUGUUAGUGCUAUAAGCUAUAACACACCCGUCUGCUCCUCCUCACUUUCUCACUCUGUCCCUUUCAGAACCUGACAGAGAAACCGACAGAGAAAAACCCUAGCUUAUUCUAGAAGCUUCAGUUUGAGCUCUGUAUCACUGAGAGAGUGAGUGAUAGAAACAUACAUUGAGAAAUCAAAGAUGGGAUCUGGUGCCGGCAGCUUCCUCAAAGUGCUUCUUAAGAACUUCGACGUUCUUGCUGGGCCUGUGGUUAGCCUUGUUUAUCCACUAUAUGCCUCGAUUAGGGCGAUUGAGACACAGUCUCCUGCUGACGAUCGCCAAUGGCUCACGUAUUGGAUUCUGUAUUCUAUGAUUACUUUGUUUGAGCUCACCUUUGCCAAAGCCAUUGAGUGGAUUCCGAUCUGGUCAUACGCAAAGCUAAUUCUUACUUGUUGGUUGGUCAUCCCAUACUUCUGUGGUGCUGCAUAUGUUUAUGAACAGUAUAUCAGACCUUUCUUUCUCAACCCACAGAGAGUUAACAUUUGGUAUGUUCCAAGGAAGAAGGAUGUGAGUAAGCCAGAUGACAUUCUAAUUGCUGCAGAGAAGUACAUUGCAGAGAACGGGACUGAAGCCUUUGAGCAGAUCAUUCACAGGGCUGAUAAGUACCAGAGCAGCGGGGGAUCCGUCUAUGAUGAGGCAUCUAGAUAUUAUUGAGGCUUGUAGUGUCGCAGUACGUUUCACUGCCAUCCAGUCCCUUGGUGUUAUAGGGAAAAAGAUGUUGGCUGUUGUGUUUAGCUGAUAGUUAUUAAUGCUAUCUUUUGUUGUUGUAAAGGAUACUGAAUGUUCCUGGUUUAUUAUAUGUAAUUAUCCUGGUUUGGUCACGUU